AUGUUUCAUGUAAAGCAACUAACGAGAUCGUCAAUUGCCUUAAAGCAAGUACCAAGCAAUGACAUUAUUCAUAAUACAUUGAUACGUAUCGUGCCAGCAUUUCAAGCACGCGGUUAUGCUGAUCAUCAAAUACCCGAUCAUUUAAAGGAUAUUCCUAAUGAUCCGAAUCCAAAAUUUUUCGAUAUGGUUGAAUACUUUUUUCAUCGAGCUUGUCAAAUUGUGGAAGAUAAAUUGGUCGAGGAUAUUGGCAAACGUUCCAGGAUGAGCGUUGAAGAAAGAAAAAAAAAGGUGAAGGGUAUUUUAAUGUUAAUGGAACGAUGUGACCACAUCCUCGAAACUUCCUUUCCUCUGAGACGCGAUUCAGGUGAUUAUGAAAUGAUCACUGGUUAUCGCGCGCAGCAUUCAACUCAUAGAACACCUUGUAAAGGAGGUAUUCGUUUUUCGAUGGAUGUCUCGCGAGAUGAAGUAAAGGCUUUGUCGGCAUUAAUGACUUUCAAAUGUGCCUGUGUAGACGUUCCUUUUGGUGGAGCUAAAGCUGGUAUUAAGAUUAAUCCUAAAUUGUAUUCAGAACAUGAGCUCGAAAAAAUUACUAGAAGGUUCACAUUAGAGCUUGCAAAGAAAGGAUUUAUCGGACCUGGUGUCGAUGUUCCUGCCCCUGACAUGGGAACUGGAGAACGCGAAAUGUCUUGGAUCGCUGACACAUACGCCAAAACUAUAGGACAUUUGGAUAUUAACGCUCAUGCUUGUGUAACUGGAAAACCUAUUAAUCAAGGUGGAAUUCAUGGACGUAUUUCUGCGACAGGACGUGGUGUGUUUCACGGACUAGAAAAUUUUAUCAACGAAGCUAAUUAUAUGAGCAUGAUUGGUACAACACCCGGUUGGGGAGGGAAAACAUUUAUUGUACAAGGUUUUGGUAAUGUUGGUCUACAUUCGAUGCGUUAUUUACAUCGUGCUGGGGCUGCUUGUAUAGGAGUAAUCGAACAUGAUGGUGCUAUUUACAAUGCUGAAGGUAUUGACCCUAAGAAACUGGAAGAUUACCGUAUAGAGAAUGGCACUAUUGUAGGCUUCCCUGGUGCUAAACCUUACGAAGGUGAAAAUCUUAUGUACGAACCUUGUGAUAUAUUCAUACCUGCAGCUAUCGAGAAAGUUAUCAAUAAAGAUAAUGCUUCUCUUAUUCAGGCAAAAAUUAUAGCCGAAGCUGCCAACGGACCAACUACUCCAGCUGCCGAUAAGAUUUUAAUCGACCGAAAUAUUUUAGUUAUACCAGAUUUAUACAUUAAUGCCGGUGGUGUUACAGUCUCUUUUUUUGAGUGGUUAAAAAAUUUGAAUCAUGUGUCGUAUGGUCGUCUAACUUUUAAAUACGAAAAAGAAUCAAAUUAUCACUUACUAGAAUCUGUACAAGAAUCAUUGGAACGUAGAUUCGGCCGUGUGGGUGGUCGAAUUCCUGUUACACCUUCCGAAGCAUUUCAAAAACGCAUUUCUGGUGCUUCUGAAAAGGACAUAGUUCAUUCUGGUUUGGAUUACACGAUGGAAAGAUCUGCAAGGGCAAUUAUGAAAACAGCUAUGAAAUUUAAUCUUGGUUUGGAUUUAAGGACAGCAGCUUAUGUUAAUUCAAUUGAAAAAAUAUUUACUACUUAUUCCGAAGCUGGUCUUGCGUUUUAAAUAAGUAAAGUAUUUAUCGACACAAAGCAAAUCGCAUAAAUAGAACUGUAAAAAGUUUCGAGCUAGUAUUUUAAAGACAUUUUUAAUAAUCACUCUCAAAUGAUACUAUCCAGUGUCUCUCAGUGAUAAAGACCAAAACUAUUAUAGCAGUGGAAAUAUUUCGCGUACGUUGUCGCACGCUAAAUCUUCUUCGAA